AGCAGUCGCCAGUUUAGACUUGAUAGAGACUCUCUCUUGUUUCUCUCUCCCCUACCUUCCAUUAUUAUCAUAUCACGCUCAGAUUUUUCAGCCUGCCCUAAUUCUUCUCCAGAUUCCCCCACACGGAUGUUUCUCUCUCACUCUCACCCGCGCCUUUUCCUCUGAUUUUUUUUACUCAAAACCGCCGCACUUAUUUAAACCACGGUCGCCGGCGGUCUCUGCUUCUCUCUGGUUGAUUUCUAUUUCUGUACGAGCCAAAGAUCUGGGAAUCUCGGGUUUACUGGAAGGAGGUGAAGAAUGCAGAGACAGACUAGGCUCAUGGAGAGGAACAACUCCAUGAGAGAGAAGAGGAAAAUGGAAGGAGGAGAGGAGGAGCCGCCGGAGCGAAAGCGGCCAGCUCUCGCUAGUGUAAUUGUGGAAGCUCUCAAAGUUGACAGUCUGCAGAAGCUAUGCUCGUCACUGGAGCCUAUUCUUCGAAGAGUUGUUAGUGAAGAAGUGGAACGUGCAUUGGCAAAGUUGGGCCCUCCAAGACUUAAUGGAAGGUCUUCUCCCAAACGGAUUGAAGGUUCAAAUGAGCGAAACUUGCAACUACAGUUUAGGUCCAAUCUGGCUCUCCCCAUCUUCACAGGAGGGAAAGUUGAAGGCGAGCAGGGAGCUGCGAUUCAUGUUGUUUUAGUUGAUACAAACACUCGUUGCGUUGUGACAUCUGGACCUGAAUCCUCUAUAAAACUAGAUAUUGUUGUGCUUGAGGGUGAUUUUAACAAUGAAGAUGAUGAAGGCUGGACCCAAGAAGAAUUUGAAAGCCAUGUGGUCAAAGAGCGUGAAGGAAAGAGACCUCUUUUGACUGGGGACCUGCAAGUGAUACUGAAGGAAGGGGUAGGGACUAUUGGGGAUCUGACUUUCACUGAUAACUCAAGUUGGAUACGGAGCAGGAAGUUCAGACUUGGAUUGAAAGUUGCUUCAGGAUUUUGUGAGGGCAUGCACAUCCGUGAAGCCAAAACUGAAGCUUUUACUGUUAAGGAUCACAGAGGGGAAUUGUACAAGAAACAUUACCCACCGGCACUAAAUGAUGAAGUAUGGAGGCUGGAGAAGAUCGGAAAGGAUGGGGCAUUCCAUAAGAGGCUAAAUAGUGCAGGGAUACACUCAGUUGAACAGUUUCUUCAGCUUGUGGUGAAAGAUCCGCAAAAGUUACGAAGUAUCCUUGGAAGUGGUAUGUCAAAUAAGAUGUGGGAAGCUCUCUUAGAGCAUGCAAAGACUUGUGCCCUUAGCGGAAAGCUUUAUGUUUAUUACCCUGAGGAUACAAGAAAUGUGGGUGUUGUUUUUAAUAAUAUCUAUGAGCUGAGUGGCUUGAUUGCUGGGGAACAGUAUCACUCUGCAGAUACUCUAUCUGACAGCCAGAAGCUCUAUGUAGAUACACUUGUGAAGAAAGCAUAUGAAAAUUGGGAUCAGGUUAUCGAGUAUGAUGGUAAGUCACUUAUGAGCAACAAUCAAAAUAGGAGGUCAACUGCAGCCCGAAAUGAAUUUCAAAUGGGCUCAAGCAGUUACCCCAAUUCUUCAGUCCAGCAGCCGCAAGUUCCUCGCCUGACAAAUUCAAUUCCUCCAGAACAGACUCUUCUUUCAAAUUCUACCCUACCAAUUGGAGGGUAUAAUGAUAAUCUGUCAACAAGAUUUAUGACCCAGCAACAAAUUGUGAAUUCAAAUUCCCAUUCCCAGUUUGAAGGCACCUCAUUUUCACUAGAUGGCCAGUUGAUCAACAGCUCCCAUCAGCCUCAAAGCAUAGAAAAUGAUGCCAAUGUUGUUGGGCUGGCCCUUGGUCUUCCACAAUCAUCAACUGCAGGAUUUCAAACUAUAAAUUCUUCUGGUCAGCCGUCUAGUCUGAAUCCUUUAGAUGAAUGGGGAACAAGCCGAGAAAAGGGAGGUGAUGACUUCCUUACAGAGGAAGAUAUUCGCAUUAGAAGUCAUGAGAUGCUUGAAAAUGAGGAUAUGCAGCACUUACUCAGAAUCUUUAGUAUGGGAGGUCAUGGCUCAAUUGAUAUGCCUGAUGAUGGUUAUGCAUUCCCAUAUAUGUCGUCUCCAAUGCCUAACUUUGAUGAAGAUCGCACACGUCCUGGCAAAGCUGUUGUGGGAUGGCUGAAAAUUAAGGCGGCUAUGAGAUGGGGCUUCUUUGUCAGAAAGAAAGCAGCUGAAAGGCGACGGGCACAACUUGUGGAGUUAGAUGAUGAAUAGAAUCCACUCCAAAGAUGCAUAUGGUUCUUCUUGCUAUGAUUCCAUGAAAGUUAAUCUGCAAGUUAACUCUUAACUCUUGGUUCCAGCCACAAGUUCGAGGCAUUGGCACUGAUUGAAAACUGAAUAUUUUAGUCUGGCAAAUGACUGAUAUUUGCACUAGAUAUGAUUGAUAGCAUGGGAUAUCUUCUUGUACAGCUGCCUGUACAGUAAGUACUUUUUAUUUUUCUUACUCUGAAGGUUUUGUGUUUUCAUCACUCUUCAAUCCAUUUGUGAAUGUCUUAUUGCCUCCCUCAGUUGACAUAUUAGGGUCACUUCCAAUACUUUUAGGUAGGACCUGAUGUGUUUUAACCAUGCACAACAAUGCUGGCCAGUGUUUUAUAAUGUUUUAGUUUUUUGUGUUUUGGAUUGACUGUAUUUAUGAAGUAUAUUUUUAUUCUAUUUUCUUUUCUGA